CCUGCAUAGUCGCGCAGUGGUGAGCCAGAGCCGCCAUAGCAAAGACACGUCCUGACGCGGCUCUCGUCACCUAGUCACCUAGUCACGAGGUGCGGGGCUGCAGCCUGCAGGUCACACGCUUUUUUUUUUUUUUUCUUUUUUUUUCUUUUUUUUAUUUGCAGCACGUUACUUUUCCAAGUGCGUCUCCAUGGAUGUGAAGAGCGCGUGUCGAGCGCUGCUCCUCCCCGUGCAAAUGCUCCUCUGCCUGGCCCGCUGCGCGCUCUCCUGCCUGGCGCCGAGCAGACGCAAGCCGCUGGGCGAGGACGUGGUGCUGGUGACCGGAGGGGGACGCGGCAUCGGCAGACACCUGGCCAAGGAGUUCGCCCAGCAGGGAGCCAAGAAGGUGAUCUUGUGGGGCCGCACAGAGAAGUCCCUCAAAGAGACGUCCGAAGAGAUCUCCCACUCGGGCACCGAGUGCCACUACUUCCUGUGCGACGUGGCCAAUCGGGAGGAGGUUUACAAGCAAGCCAAGGUUGUUCGUGAAAAGGUGGGAGAUGUUACGAUCCUGGUCAACAACGCAGCUGUGGUCCACGGUAAAAGUCUGAUGGACAGCGACGACGACGCCCUUCUGAAGUCGCAGCACAUCAACACCAUGGGCCAGUUUUGGACCACCAAGGCCUUCCUGCCCCGCAUGCUGGAGCUGCAGCGUGGUCACGUGGUCUGCAUCAACUCCAUCCUGGCCCAGUCUCCCAUCCCCGGGGCCAUAGACUACUGCACCUCCAAGGCCUCCUCCUUGGCCUUCAUGGAGAGCUUGACGCUGGGCCUGCUGGACUGUCCCGGCGUGGGCUGCACCACCGUCCUCCCCUUCCACACCAACACCCAAAUGUUCCAAGGCAUGCGAGUCAGAUUCCCUCAUCUGUUUCCGCCCCUCAAGCCUGAAGUGGUCGCCCAGAAGACGGUGGACGCAGUCCGAGCGGGUGUGGCCUUCCUCUACCUGCCUUGGACCAUGCACGCCCUGGUCGUUCUUAAAAGCUUCAUGCCACAAGUUGCACUUGAAGAAAUCCACAAGUUUACGGGGAGUUAUACCUGCAUGAACACAUUCAAAGGGCGGACAUGAGCCUCCACGACAACCUCCUAAUGAAGGCAAUAUGGACCUAAGGACAUGUGGAGGUGCAGCAAGUGCCAUAACAAAGAUAUGUUGGACAUGUGGAGGUGCAGGAAGUGCCAUCACAAAGACAUUUGCAAGGUGCUUAAGGGUGGAACUUUAUUUGGACUGAGGGGUUCUGGGCACCUUUUCCAAGAGAGUCAGGGAUUAUGUACGUGUGACAAUUGUUUUAGUCCAUUUUUAUGUUUCCUGUUUUUUAACUUCCCUUCAUUUUAUAUUUGCAUCGUGGAGAUAAUAAAGUGCAGUUCUAGAGACAAACUUCCUUCUUAUUU